GGAACAGGGACAAUGGUGGGGACAGGGGCACGAAAGAGAACAGGGAUAACGGCAGGGGCAGAGACAGAAACACGGAUAGAAGUGUUAUCCCGCGGGCUCACUCCCUGGUGUGCAGCACCAUUUCACACACCGAGGCGAGGUGACUUUAUGGCUAAAGAAAAUAUAUGGGGAUGUGCCUAUUCCAGAGUAUGAGGUGAAUGAAAGGACAGUGGAUAUUUUGCAUGAAGUUAUGGAAUGCAAUGAAGAGAGAGACAAGGACGUUAUGUUGCUGGUGGAGGACAUGAAGGACCGGGCAACCAAGUAUGAAGCAGAAACUGAGUACUGGCGGGAUAUUCUUGGAGAAAGCCUGGGUCUUUCUGUAGGCAGUCUGUCCCAAGAGGCCACCACAGAUCUCACUGACCUGGUAGAAAGCGCAAUGGAACUCGAAGUGGAGGACACAUCUCUUACCAGCUUCUACAGUGCCAUCAAUUACAUGAGCUCAGAACUGUACGAAACAAAAUCAAAAAACGAAGAAAUGGAACUGAAAUUGAAGAUUCUCACGAGAAAGCUAACUUCAGCACUGAGGCUGGAAAAGCAGUUAGAGGAGGAUAUUAAAGAAAUAAAGGAAUCUCAGGAAGCAGAAAAGGCCAAAGCUGAGAUUCAAUCCAAGAACCUGAAGUUCCUGGAAGAUAAAACUAAGGAUCUAAAAAUAAGUAUCAGUGAUGCUGAGGCUGAGCUUGUUGGCAGGGGGUUGGACCAAUCCCUGACCCAUGAGGCACUCAUGAAAUCAUCUGAGGAACUGGCUACACUGCUGAAAGAAAUCGAGCCACUGAAGAAGGAACUGGCAUCCUACCAUGAUUUACCUCCUAGCAUUCCCCUGGCACUAGUGAAGGUUGAAGAAGCAAGAAAAGAACUUAAAGCCUUGGAUGAAGAGCUCACAAGGGAGAUCGAGGCUCUGCCUUUCGAGCUGACAUAGCCCAGUUCACCUGAAGUGGCCUAUGUGGAACAUGAUUUUCCUUCUGUUGCCUACUUACUUGCACUAGCAAUGCAUUUCAGAAUUCUUCCUGUACCUUGGUAGCUUCCUGGUGUGUUCUUCUUUCUGUUGGCCUUGUGUUUGUAAACUUCACUUAUUUUUCAUUAAAUAACCUCCUUGCUGUUGUC